AUGAAUUUUGUUCAGCAAAAUAAUCGUGUUCUUUACCUUUGGGGCGGUGCGGUUGGGCCCGAAAUCGAGGAGGAAGUGAACGAAAUCAAAUCCAUUCCAAAUGUGCAGGUUAAUGUGGAAAAUGUUGAGCGUCUUCGUUUUGCCGAAUACGGAAACUCACAAUUUGAUGUAAUUUUGGCAAAAGUGUCGACCGCCAAUACAACUCUUGUUACGCUACUGGUGAAGUUGUUGAAGCCAAAAGGGAAGGCCGUGUUCAGGGAUGAUUCAGCUGAAAGCGUUGAGCAGGCACGUUCUAAUCUGUUGCUGUCGGGAUUUAUCAACAUUGUGGCAUCGGACAAUAAUGUGUACAUUGGUGAAAAACCAGACUACGAAGUUGGUUCCAAAUCGAAACUGUCUUUUGCAAACAAAUCGAAGGUGGCUGCCGUAUGGAAACUGGACGACAAUGAUGAGGAAGAAUGCAUAGAUGACGAAGAACUGCUGGACGAGGAUGAUAAAGCCAAACCAUCAGCCGAAUCUCUGCGAGUUUGUGGAACCACCGGUAAGAGAAAGGCAUGCAAGGAUUGCUCUUGUGGAUUAGCAGAAGAACUGGAUGCGGAAGCGAAAGGCAAAGCACUUGCCGACACGACCACGAAAUCUUCUUGCGGAAGUUGCUAUCUGGGAGAUGCGUUCCGUUGUGCAACCUGUCCUUACCUGGGCAUGCCCGCAUUUAAGCCGGGCGAGAAAAUUUUGCUCACCGAUACGCAAAUGCAGGCUGAUGUUUGA